AUGACAGAUCCUGACGAAAAUGCGAAUCUCCUUAUGCUCCGCCAGGAUAAAAAUGCCCAGCGGGCUUGUAUUCUGUACGAAAUCCUCCAGAAAACCGAAAUUUCACACGCUUUUGACAUUUUCUGCGAUGUUUUCGGAGAAAAUGCAAUGGAAUAUCGUGAAUUUGAGUUUUUCUUCUAUCAAUUGGGCAGUGAAUUAAGAUUCAACCCGAAAAGUCUUUAACUUAUGGAGCUUCCGGACGAUAUGCUCAAUGAAAUUUUCAACUACGUGAAGCCAAUCGAGCUAUUCCCAAUUCGAAAAGUGUCUCGUCGUUUCCGUGACGUCAUCGACAGCCGAGCUCCCGGAUUCAAAAAAAUCGACUUGGACAUUGCCAAUUUAUACUUUAUCAUGAAUUUCGACGAUGAUGAGAACAGCGUUCGGUACCGCCGUGAGGAACCCGAGGAUGAAAGAUUCAUUAUUGCAUACGGGGAACAAAAAGUCAAUGUGGAAAGCGGUUGUAAUGUUACAGCUGGUCUCUCCGAUCUGUACCGAAUCAUGAAAAAUCCGAAAUUCUCACUUGAAACUCUCGACGUCACAUUCUACAAAUACCUCCGCGAAGAGAAUAUGGAACUCGUUAAAAAAAUGCUGAAAAAGCUGAAAUCCGUUGAUGUUAACACUGUAAUCCUCCGUGAUCCCUUCGGCUCCACUAAUCAUCACGUUCUUCCGUAUUUGAAGCCGGGAAAACUCGAGGAAAUUCAAUUCGUUCCGCAUUCCUAUGUCUCGUCGUGUCAUGAGAUUCUCAAGACGAAGCAGUUUAAACUUGCCAAGCGAUUCUUUUGGGAAGAUCAAGAGUGGAAAAUGUCGAAAGACACGAAACUUGGGAAGUUUUUCCACUUGGAACACUUUACUACUUCGGUGGAAGAAUUCACAAAACAAGACGCGAGAAAAUUAAAAAUGUUCUCAUGA